UUUUAACCUCCACUAGCAGUAGUCACACUGCUGAAAAGCGCGGCAUGAAGUUUGUGAUAAGAAUAUUAUUAUCAUCAUAGGAGUAAUAGUGUUCUGUGAUUAUCAUAUACGCCACAAACGGAGUCCAGACUCCAGUUAGCUUCGAUAAGAAAAAAAACCAGAGAAAGAUACAAUUUUUAAUUGAAAAAUAAGUUUUAUUUAUCCAAUUGUUACCGCUUAUGACGCAUAUCAAACUGAAUACGAAAGUGGAUAAAGGACAAGUGUUAUUAUUAUAUAUUUCUUUACUUUAAAGAAAUUUGUGUUAAAUAAUUAAAAGCAUAUAUAGCAGUUAUAUUGUAAAUAAGAACUAUAAUAUGAAUAAUCAAACAACAUUAAACAAGUAUUUUAGGGUAAAAUCUAAUCUGUUAACAGAAAUGAAUAAUGGUCGUAAAAUAUCCUUUAAUUUAAGUUUGAAAAAGACUCCAAACAAGUCGCCGAAAUUGAAAAAUGAAAAUAGAAAUGUUCCAGACGUUAUAGACUUGGUUAGUGACGAUGAAGACGCAAUAAGCUCAACACCAAAAGAACUAAAUCAAAGCGGUACAAGUUCGUCUCAAUCAACACUACCUUAUACACCUGAGACGAUACAUACUUUCCCCAGUGGUUCUUUCAGUCAAAAGAGUUCACAAACUCCUUCUUCUAGUAGCACAAAAUUUAGUAAUUCGCCAAAUUCAGAAACACCGACGAGAAAGCGUAAAUUUUAUUCACCUAUUAAGAAGCGAAGUCAGUCAGUUACAACUCCUACCAAAGUUAAAAGAAAUCUUUCUCAGGCCCUAUCAGCAAGUGGCAGCCAAACUAUUUUUAAUAAUCACGAUUUUCUUGAAGCUACUCAAGAUGUAGAUGAUAAGACUAUUUUCUUAUUAAAAAUAAUUCAUCAGUUUUUAUGUGAUGAAAAUUUGAAACCCCUCCUGAGCCAAAGUAGCUGUGAUCUUUUGUCUAGUGCAAUGCAAGUUAAAAAGCCAGGCAUGAGACUGGUAUGUAGAUUGUAUUGGCAACAGGAUGGCUGGCGUCGAUGGGAAAAAGUAAAACAGAUCAUGACUGCCAAAUCAUUUGAAGGCAAAUUUGAUGAUCCCACUUUGCAAAUAGCACUUACAUCUCUCAUUGAAAGUGGAUUUAUCACUUUAGGAAACACAAAUAAUGCUCAAGAUAUUGAUUUUGAUGAAUUAGUGAAAUUGCUGAAACUAGAGGAGUUAAAAAGUAUAUGCAAGGAUCUCAAAAUUAAAGUAACAAAUAAAAGUGAAAUUACAGAGAGUUUAAGGAAAUUUUGCCUUCAGAAAAGAAAUAUGACUAACUUUUUGACUGGAAAUGGAAAAAAAACCACAAAUCAAGAUCGAGCUUUGACAUUAAUGCGCACUAAGCUAGGCUUAUGUUACAAACUGUCAGACGAAGCUCAAAAAACUCUUACAGAGCUAUAUACACUAAUGUAUCUUGGGCUGGAUGACAGUAUUAUUAGAGAAAAAAGGUUGGAAUUGAUGCUUCUUAAUGAAAAAUCAAAUAAAGAAACUUUUCCCAUUGACAAAGAAAUGGAAAUUGAUAAUGCCAGUGUGGUGUUUAAAAAUAGGGAACAAUUUGUAAGCUAUAUGGAUGCUCGUUCAUUAUAUGAACAUUUUGAAGCAGCUACUGAAGUCCAGAAACGUGAAUUGAUCGCAACAGUUUACAACCUAUAUAACGGAAUUAGUAAAGAAGCAAUGACAAAUUAUAUUUCUCUACCUGAGUGGUUGUAUCGGUUCACACCUCCUUAUAUAUAUGUGAAAAUUCUUGACGCUGGAAUUUCGGAAUUGAAGAAAGGAAAAGUAGAAAAUGAUUUGAAUUUAGCUGUUGACAUUUUAACAACACUUAUAAAACAAAAUGCAUUUAGACAAAAAAAGAAGGGAGAAUGGUAUUCGGAAAAAGCAUUGAUUCUAGACAAGUCACUGAAUCAUGCUAAUCAGGCGGCUGAAAUACUAUUAGAAGGUUUUAAUUCAAACAUUUCUGAAGAACUAAAAGAUUUCAUGCGUCCUCGUGCUGAAUUGUUAGCAAGGAGACAAAAAAAUCCCAUAGACACUCAGUUAAAGGAACAGUUACUUGAACAAGUGAAAAAAAGUGAAAUUCUUGAAAAAAAUAUUCCUGCCGACCACUUUUACAAACAGCCAAUGGAUAACACAGGAAGAGGCAAGAUUAAGUUUGAGACGCGCAAUGCCGACGGCAGAGUGAUCCAGGAUGCGGAAGAGUAUUGUAUAUCACAUUACAUAAACCAGGGCACAUAUACAUUUGGUGGACAUUGGGAAGGCAGGAUAGUAAAAACAAUAUUCUUCUUAUUGUUCUGGGAUAUAAUAUACAAGCCACUACGUGGUGUUCGUGGUAUAUUCUUGUCCUAUUACCAAUCUUAUCCCUUGGACAUGUUCUGCGAAAGUUUCUAUACUAACAGAAAGUCAUUAAUAGAGGAGAGACUUAGGGAAAUAGAGGAAUCACCAAUAGAAGAAACAUUGUCUAAAAUGGAAGCCGUUUGGAAAAGUAGACCAGAAACGGAGGUGUCGGGCGUGCAGCGCGCGCUGCCCGCGGCGGCGCUGCGGGGCGCGGCCGGGCAGCUGGCGCCGCGCGCGCUGGCCGCGCUGUGCCGCCGCCUGGCGCGCCGGCCCGCCGCCGCCGGCUUCCCCGACCUCACGCUGUGGGGCGCCGCGCCGCGCCAGAUAGCGUUCGUUGAAGUGAAGACUGAUUCGGACAAGCCGUCCGUGGAACAAAUCCAAUGGAUUCACUACAUGCGGCAGCACGGUAUCAACGCACGCUUUUGCUAUGUGGGGGUCAAUACCGCUCGGUCACGUUCUAGAAAUACUGAGGAUUUUGAUCUAGACGACUGGAAUUAUUCAUAAGACUACCAUACAAUCACGAUUCGGCCGGUAACAUCUUAUUACUAGGCACAGGCCUCUGUCCCCGUGUAGAAGAAUAAGACUACUACAGUAUAUAAUUUAUUUAAAUAAAAAUAAAUAUAUGUA